AUGAAGCUGCCUAUAUUUGUCCUAACAAUCUUGUGCGUCUCGUGUGGAGCAAGUGCACUGGCCACGCGUAUCUCUGGCGCGUCCGUGUCCUCAGCCGACAACUUAUCAGUGCUUGGGGCGACACAGAAUAACGGAACGGACUCGUCUAUGUCCAAGAGCAGGAGGAAGCGUUAUAUUUCAAUGAACGACAGAGCGUCUAUCCUUGAUUACCACAACAAAGUGAGAGGAAGAGUGUUCCCUCCAGCAUCCAACAUGGAGUACAUGGUUUGGGAUGACAUGCUGGCCAAGACGGCAGAGGACUGGGCUCACGCUUGCCUAUGGGAGCACGGCCCACCUUACCUCCUCCGCUUCCUGGGUCAAAACCUCUCAGUCAGGACGGGGCGGUAUCGCUCCAUUCUGCAGCUGGUGAAGCCGUGGUACGAUGAAGUCAAAGAUUACACGUUCCCGUACCCCCGGGACUGUAACCCCCGCUGCCCUCUGAAAUGCACAGGACCCAUGUGCACCCACUACACACAGAUGGUUUGGGCUACGACUAACAAAGUGGGCUGUGCCAUCCACACCUGCCACAACAUGAACGUGUGGGGUUCUGUAUGGAAACGGGCGACGUAUUUAGUCUGCAACUAUUCACCAAAGGGUAACUGGAUUGGUGAGGCUCCGUAUAAAGUGGGUGUCCCAUGCUCGGCCUGCCCGCCCAGUUAUGGAGGAUCAUGCAGCAACAACAUGUGCUUCCCCACACUCAAGACAAACUACCUGCACUGGUUCAAAUAG